AUGGAGAUUGAUCCGGAAAUUCCACCUGGCUCCUCGGGUACUACUCCUGCAGCCGGUUCUGCCACCCCCACUCUCGCUGCUGCUUCCAGACACAGCGACGAGCGAAGGGUCCUUUGGUCUGCGGUCGCUGCAUUGGGUCGUCAUGCUGACCAAUUUUAUGAAUAUCAGAAUAUCACACAGUGCACGAUUGAGGCAGUCACCAACUAG